ACAGUCGCCGCGCUUUGCGUGCCCUUUUCCCCGCAGGGCUGCGUCCCUGUUCUUCCCAGGAGGCUUCUCGCUGCCUGGUGCCGUAGAGGCCCAUGGAGGGAAAGGAAGAUAAGCAUCAACAGCAUAAAAUAGAGGAUGCUGCUAUAGCAUAUGUAACUGAAAAUGAAGAAAUUACACACGAAAAAAAACCUGGAAAAAGCAUACAACAUUCAAAACCACGUGUCGGAAGAGGACGUAUAUAUUAUGCUAAAUUCAUUAACACAAAUGCAAGAACAUACAAUGAACCAGUUCCCUACAUAGAUCCCAAAAAAGGGCCAGAAAUACAGGGUGACUGGUGGUCACAUGGUAAAGCACUGGAACCUGUCUUCCUACCACCUUAUGACUCUAAGAGCACCCAGAGGAGUGACUUCCAAAAACCAACGUGUCCACUGGUUUUGCCAGUCAAACACAGCAAGACGCAAAAGCCUUCUUGUGGAAUAGUACCACUUGCCUCUCCUGGUAUAUCAACAGAACUUCAAAACAAUUUUAUAGAAUACAUCUCUUUUAUACAUCAAUAUGAUGCCAGAAAAACUCCGAAUGAGCCUCCCCAGGGAAAGAGACACGGAGCUUUUGUACAGAGAGAGAUAAAACCAGGGAGUAGGCCAACAGUUCCUAAAGGAACAGAGGUAUUACUGAACGCUCCAGGGUCACGUUCAUCAGAACAGUCCAAGAAAACAGAGAAAGGAAACCCAGCGGAAAGCAGAAUGAUCUCACCAGGUCUCUGCCAACAAAAUUCCCAAGAGCUGUUAGAGCCUAAAACUCACUUAUCAGAAACAGACGUCAGACAGGCAGCCAAGGCAUGCCCCAGCAGUCCUGAGAGCAGAGAAAAGACUGCAGGGGCCACUCAAACAACUGUAGGAGAUGCUCUUUUCGCUAGGCACAAGCCUUUAAAUCCACCAAUUAAAAAAUUAGAAUGAAUUACCUUCUUCAGAUAAAAAUCUAAUCCCUGGAAUAUAGGGAAAUUUCACAAUCAUCAUCUUGGCCCUCACAUUUACUUUUCUGUUGUCAGAACUUCAGAACAUACAAUUUAUGUAAAUGGAAAAAUAGAAAAAAGACAAUUAAAAUACAACCAAAGUUAUUAAUAAGAGUGGUCUCCAACAAGUGGAGACAUUAUUUGUAUGUUACAUUCUUUAUAAACACAACUUUGUUUUGCACAACAAAUGAUCAUAAUUAACAAAUAUAAUAAGACUUUUAGAAGAGAGGCCCUGUUAGACAUGAGUGACAGCUUUGGAAUCAAACAAACUAGAGCUGGAAUGUUGGCUUCACUUCAUUCCUUAAGCUGUGUGACCUUGGAUAAGUAACUUAACCUCUCUAGACUUCAGUUUUCUCAACUGUAAAAUUAGGAAAAUAGCAACUUCGUAAGAUUAUUGAGGAUGUGAUUAUGCACAUUGAUCAAUAAGUGGUCAAUAUAAUCAUAUCACUGCUACUAUAAUUCAAUUUUCAAUUUAAGGAUAAUGUUCUCUUAUAUAUUUAAUUUUUCCUCAUUAUUCUAAAACUUAGAACUCCUCCAUAUAUAAUUAAAAGUGGGAAAAUCUAAAAAUACUUCUGCCAGUACAAGAUGCACAGACAGAUACACACUUAAUUCAAAGACGUAUGGGUACUUAGAAUAUUGAAGUAUUUUCUAAAUUGUUUUCUAUUUUGCUCAGAUCAUUUCUAGCACCAAUUCAACCUUUGCUUUUUGGAUGAGUUUGGUAAGGAUUAAUUCUACUUCCAAUUUGGUGUGUUUGGUGUGCCACAAUAUAUCUGUUGUAAGAUAUGUUAUAUUUCAUACAAGUGAAAGUAGGUGGAGUAUUCCUCUGUUAUAAAGAGUAUUUACAAAUUUCCAUGGGGAAAUAUCAGCUGCUCACUAUUAUCUGCAGUAUUGAUAAGACUACAGCUAUAUCUUUAUCCCUUUAUUCUUCAUUAAAGAAAUUGUGAUAAACUGCAAAAUAAUGAAUGUCAUUUUUUUGUGUGUGUUGGGGACUUCUAG